GGGUUCGUGGUGGGCCAUGCCGGGUUGUACCAAGCCCUGGCCAUGUUUGCGGUGGCAUACUUCAUCAUCGGCAUGACAGUACUGUCCGUGUGUGCCAUUGCUACCAACGGGGCACUGGAUGCUGGAGGAGCCUACUAUAUGAUCAGCCGUGCCCUGGGCCCAGAGUUCGGGGGCAGCAUCGGGAUCAUGUUUUUCCUGGCCAACGUGUGUGGCAGUGCCCUCUACGUGCUGGGGCUGGUGGAGGCUGUGGUGGACAGCUUUGGGAUCCCACCUGGGCAAAAAGUGGGCACAGGUGUCCACGUCCUGCCUCAGAGCUACUGGUACGAGCUGCUCUAUGGCACUGUGCUGCUGGCCCUCUGCCUCCUCGUGUGCCUCGUGGGUGCCUCCAUCUACGCCAAGGCUACCUUCCUCAUCUUCCUCAUCGUCGCGGGCGUGCUGGGCACCAUCCUUGUCAGUUUCUUUGCCACGCGGCCCAUCGGGGUGCCCAUCCGCCUGCCCUACUUCAACGGCUCCGAAACUGAGAAUGGCUCCUUCACCGGCUUCUCGCUCACCACCCUUCGAGACAACCUGGGUGGUGGGUACGGGGUGGACUACACCACAGGGCAGAUGAUGAGUUUCAGCUCCGUCUUCGCAGUGAUGUUCAAUGGCUGCACCGGCAUCAUGGCAGGCUCCAACAUGUCAGGGGACCUGAAGCGCCCGAGCUACUCCAUCCCACGGGGCACCAUCUCCGCUGUGCUCUUCACCUACCUCGUCUACAACCUGCUGGCAUUCCUCAUGUGUGCCACCUGCAACAGGACCCUCCUGCAGAAAGACUACGGUUUCCUGCGUGACAUCAGUAUCUUUCCACCCCUGGUCACAGUGGGCAUCUACGCUGCCACCCUGUCCGCAGCCAUGAGCAACCUUAUCGGGGCGUCCCGCAUCCUCUACGCCCUGGCCCGCGAUGAUCUCUUUGGCCGGGCGCUGGUGCUGGCCAAGAAGACGUCUGCGAGUGGGAACCCUGUGAUGGCGGUGAUCCUCUCCUGGCUGGUGGUACAGCUGGUGCUCUUCUCCGGGAAGCUCAACACCAUUGCAGGGGUUGUGACCACCUUCUUCCUCCUGGUUUAUGCCACCGUCAACCUGGCCUGCCUGGCACUGGAGUGGGCAUCGGCCCCCAACUUCAG